AUGUCUUCUGCGACGACAACGCCGAUAAACCAUUUGUUUUCUGGGCGUUCUGAACAUGCCUUACCGUAUAAUCGCGAUGUUAAUAGUGAGAUGAACGCCCUCAUUCUCGACUACUUGACGCUAUCCGGCUAUUCUCGGGCGGCAGCAAACUUCUCGCGCGAGGCAAACCUCGAUCCUCACCAAGACAACCAGUCUAUCCUCACCCGCCAGAAGAUCCAAAAUGCCAUUCACCGAGGCCAUGUCCACGAGGCAAUCGAGGCUUUGAACGACCUUGACCCAGAGAUCCUCGAUGGCGACCCUGUCCUUCAUUUCUCUCUACUGCGACUCCAGCUUGUUGAACUCAUCCGGCAGUGCACUACGAGCCCGGACGGUGAUAUAACGCCUGCCCUGCAUUUCGCACAGACACAUCUGGCUCCUAGAGCGCCCACAAGUCCCCAGUUUCUAGAGGAUCUUGAGAAUACAAUGGCGUUAAUCGUGUUUCCUCAUGACAAACUCGGCCCAGAUUUGGAACCUCUCCUCCAUCCCAACCUCCGGAGAGAAGUUGCGGAUAAUGUCAACAAAGCACUUCUUCAGAGACAGGCAGACCGUCGGGAAGCAGCCAUUAGAAUGCUUAUUCACACGAGAGCUUGGGCCGGCAAGACCGCUCAAGACUCAGGGAAAAGCCAUUCCGAACAAAUGGGGCUCGACCUGAGCUUGGACCUGCUAGGACACCGCUCAAGGGCAUCUGAGAAUGGGAGUGAAGAAAUGAAUACCUCGCUAUAA